CCAUAAUUUCCUAUCAGCCUAUUCAGACAACAUCACCAACAGCUUGGUCUGUGCGUGUGUGUGUGUAUGGGGGCUAAGCAGAGAGCGAGCGAGAGAGAGGCAGCGCGCGAGAGGCAGAGAGAGAGAGAGCGACACAGAGAGCGACAGAGGGAGAGAGAGAACAGGGAAGGGGGAGGCUCCAUAUUCUUUCACCUACCCCCUGUCAAACCACAGGAAGGAGGGGCCAGACCCUAAGCUGCCAAUCAAAUCCGCUUGUGGCAGCCGGCAUUAUCUCAGCAACAAACUAUUGACAGAUUACAUGUCAAGGAGUUUAGUGCAUGAUUGAAGGAAGCCUUUUUUAUGUAGUUACUUUUCCGCUUUAUUUCCCCCUCCACGAACCAACAUUUGAAUGACUUUCUAACAGAGUUGAGUAAUAUUAUGAAAGUUACAUGUCUGAGAGGAUUUAACUUCGACUUCCCUGAAUAUGCUGAAAGGAGUUUAUGCACUGAAACGACCUCAGGAAAACCCAAGAUGGCCGCCAAAAGGAAAGGUGGCUUAAAACUCAAUGCUAUCUGUGCCAAGCUGAGCCGCCAGGUGGUGUUCGACAGUAGCUCCCAGAAUGCAGAGGGAGACCAGAGUGUAGCAGAAAACAGUGAGCGUGGCAGUUCACACUACGAUGACACUGAGACCAACUUCCCAGAGAGCCUUAACCUCAGUCAGAGCCUAGAGGAGGACCAGAAGAGACGCGAGGCCAUUGAGAAGUGGGUCAACGGCGAGUACGGCGAUGAACCGCCAGCUCCCGACGAUGAACAGGAGCAUGAACUCAAAGUCAGCAAUGGCGAAGAUGACCCUCCUGAGGGCGUGUACAUGGUACAGCCCACAGGCUGCAGCGAUGACGAAGACAAUGCAGAGGAGGGCGAGCCAAUGGCAGCCUCUCAGGAGGACAGUUACCAUGAAGACAAAGAAGCUGAAGUCAGGCCUUCAAAAGACAACACGUACAUGCCACCAAGGGAGGCCCAAAGUCGCCAAGCACCUUUCUCCUCUACAGGAGAAGCAUCUGCCCUGCGAGACUAUGCAGCCAACACCAUGAAUGAAUUUUUGGGAAUGUUUGGUUAUGAUGACCAGCAGGUAAGGGAUGAGCUGACCAAGAAGAUCAGCUUUGAGAAGCUCAAAGCUGCUACCUCAGACCCCUCAUCCCUCAGCAGUGAGGAGGCCUCACGGCGUGCUCGCUUCUCCAAGUACGAAGAGUACAUUCGCAAGCUAAAAGCCGGGGAGACCCUACCUUGGCCCAUGCAUGCUUCCCCACCCAAACCAGAGGACCUCAACCCAAAACUGGCCCAAGACAAGAGUGCUACCAUGCUCCAGACGUCUGGGUGCCUCCCAGGAGCCGAGACACAGAUCUAUCCCCCCAGCCUGGACCACAAACAGCCAGGAGGACCUCAGCUGAGCACUUCUCAGCCACCAAAUCCCUCUCACAUCCAGAACAUGGCAUCCCGAGCCUCCAAGUAUGACUUCUUUAUUCAGAAGCUGAAGAUGGGUGAGAGUCUACAGCAGCAGAAUGGUAAUGCUUACAAGCGACCCUCCAAGUACGACCUGGAGAACGUCAAGUUUCUGCACCUCUUCAAGCCUGGUGAGGGCAACCCUGACAUGGGCGGUGCCAUCGCCUUUAAGACUUGCAAAGUGGGCCGCCCGUCGAAGUAUGACAUCAGAACAAUUCAGAAGCUAAUGCCAGGAAAUCCAGAGGCCUCACUGAUGCCCAAUGUCCUCGCUACAGCACCAGGAAACCCAGGAGCGCCUGGUGUCCCCACCGUGAGCACAGCUGGGGCCAGCAUCGCCCCAGGGCUGACAAUAGACCAGACAGGACACUUAAGCUUCAAUGCCGCUGACUACCUGAAGUCCAGCUUUUCCAAGACUGACUCCAUCACCACGGGCACUGUGUCCUCCGUUAAGAAUGGCCUGCCACCAGAUAAACCCGCCAGCGACGACAUCAACCUCUACCAGAAAUAUAUUGCCAGAGACAAAAACAUCAGGGGAGGGGAGGUAUCUUGCGUUUCAAUGGACACAGAACAAUGUCCCCCAUUCUGGAUUCAUUUUGAGCCGGCACUAAAAAGAUUCUCUGGAAGUCAACACUGUGGACACGUGCACUGUGCCUACCAGUACAGAGAGCAUUACCACUGCAUGGACCCUGAGUGUAACUACCAGGUGAGCAGGUUUACCAGUAAGCAGGAUGUAAUCAGGCACUACAACAUGCACAAGAAGAGGGACAACUCUCUUCAGCAUGGCUUCAUGCGCUUCAGCCCUCUGGACGACUGCAGUGUCUACUACCAUGGCUGCCACCUCAAUGGAAAAAGCACCCAUUACCACUGCAUGCAGGUGGGCUGCAGCAAGGUGUACACUAGCACCUCAGACGUCAUGACUCAUGAAAACUUCCAUAAAAAGAAUGCCCAGCUGAUCAACGAUGGCUUCCAGAGAUUUCGUGCCACCGAGGACUGUGGCACAGUCGGGUGUCAAUUCUAUGGGCAGAAGACUACACACUUUCACUGCAGGCGCCCAGGAUGCACAUUCACCUUCAAGAACAAGUGUGACAUUGAGAAGCACAAGAGCUACCACAUCAAGGAUGAUGCCUAUGCCAAAGAUGGCUUUAAGAAGUUCUAUAAGUAUGAGGAGUGCAAGUACGAGGGCUGCGUGUACAGCAAAGCUACAAACCACUUCCACUGCAUUCGCUCAGGAUGUGGCUUCACCUUUACCUCCACUAGCCAGAUGACCUCCCACAAGCGCAAACACGAGCGCCGGCACAUCCGCUCCUCUGGGGUCAUGGGCCUCUCUUCCGCCUACCUGGCGCCAAAGGAUGAGCCAGAGGAAUCGAGCAACGAUGACCUGAUGGACUUCUCGACCAUCAGCAGCAAGAACUCCAGCCUGAGUGCCUCACCUACGACCCAGCAGUCCACCACUGUAUCGCACCUGUUGGCCACGCCUACCACUGCUGUCUCCUCCUCCUCUACAUCGGUCCACACCCUCAAACCCACAUCCUCGCUGCCCAGUGCAGGCCAGCGAAUGUCCAGUCUGCUGUCCCAGGCCCUGCCUAGCAACAUGCCCGUGGCCCUUGCUCUUUCUAACAAUGCCAUGGCCGCCUCCAACCCGUUCUUCCCCCUAAUACCCAGGAUGCCUCUCCAACCACCUCCGCCAGCCGCUAGCCUGAUAUCUGCUAUAUCUUCCGGGGCCCACUCCAUGCCCACCGACUCACUGACCCAAGGUUGCUCCACAUUGGGUGCAGAUGGAGCCAUGGCCUCUACCCCAACGUCCUUCGCCACCUCCUCCAUCAUGGAGAAGAUCUCGGCAAGCAAAGGUCUGAUAUCACCCAUGAUGGCCAGACUGGCAGCUGCUGCCCUGAAGCCCUCCAACAACCAAAACACAGGGAAUGGGCAGCCGGCUUCAGCCAGCCAGUUCAGUCUGGUUCAAGUGAAGCAGGAGCCAAUGGAUAUCAACUCUGGGGCCUCCCAAGACUCCACGCAGGAGCACAGCCUGGACCUGAGCAAGAAAGACCACAGUAAUGAAUCAAACGGACACCCUGUACCAGGGAAUACAUCUCUUUUAUCCUCACUUAUGAAUAAGAUGUCACAGGUGAACCCUGCCCUGUUCAGCGCCAUGAACCUGAAGACAGAGCUGGAGGCAAGCCAGGGCAGCAACAGCUCGGAGGCAGCACAGUAUCUGAACAGAGUGCUGAAGAGGCCCCUGCCAGAAAAACCCACUGAGAUCUGGAGGACAUACCUCCGCAGGUUUGACACAGAUGACUUCUGUGAGGCUCAGUGCGACUUCCUUCAGAAAGUGCACUUUCACUGCCUGGUAGAGGACUGUGGUGCACUCUUCAGCACUGUGGAUGGGGCCAUAAAACAUGCUAACUUCCACCUCCGAGCCACCUUGAAAGUGAAGUCUGAGCCUCAGUUUGGUGAGGGCAAGGACUCCAGUGAGGGAGCCUCGCUGCAGCCUGCUGCCCCCGUCUCUAUGGCCAACAAUCCCUCCAUGGAUGUGGCCCACCUCACCUCCUCUGGUGGCUACAGCUCUCCUCCUCCCUCCCUGCUGGCCUGGAAGCAGCUGACCGGCAGCAUCCCUCAGAUGUCGGACUCGAUGCCCAACCUGCCGGCCAACUCCCCUCUGGCCACUACCUCUCUGGAGAAUGCUAAACCUCAAGUCAAACCUGGUUUCCUGCAGUUUCAGGAAAAUGAUCCCUGUUUGGCUACUGACUGUAAGUACUCAAACAAGUUCCACUUCCACUGCUUGUUCGGAAAUUGCAAGUAUGUGUGCAAGACGUCUGGCAAGGCCGAGUCCCACUGUUUGGACCACAUCAACCCCAGCAACAACCUGGUCAACGUCCGUGACCAGUUUUCCUACUACUCUCUCCAGUGUCUCUGUCCCAACCAGCACUGUGAGUUCAGAAUGAGGGGCCACUAUCACUGUCUGCGGCCUGGCUGCUACUUUGUCACUAACAUCACCACCAAGCUGCCAUGGCACGUCAAGAAGCACGAGAAGGCAGAUCGCCGUGCCGCCAAUGGCUUCAAAUAUUUCACCAAGAGGGAGGAGUGUGGGAGGCUGGGUUGUAAGUAUAACCAAGUCAACAGCCACUUCCACUGCAUCCGCGACGGUUGCCAGUUCUCCUUCCUGCUCAAGCACCAGAUGACCUCACAUGCUCGCAAACACAUGAGGCGGAUGCUGGGGAAGAAUUUUGACAGAGUCCCGUCCCAGGUGAUGCCACUUGGACAGAGGGCAGAUGCAUCUAGCAUGAUAGGGACCCAUCCUGGUAUGAACUCCAGCUUCUCCUCCACCAUCAUGGAGGAGACUGAUGAUUACAUGGACUACAUGGGAGGAGGGGGCAGCCCCUUGGGCCUCUCCUCCGAGUCUUCCAACCAGGACCGGAGCUGCACCAGCACACCUGUAGGCAACGAUGGUUCUCCAGCAGGACAAGGCUGGCUCGCCACCACUUCUGCUCCUACUACCCCUGCUGACACUAGCGCUACCCAAAAUGUACCUCCUUAUUCCCCUCCUCCUCCUCCUCCACCACUGCCACCACCACCACCACCUCCUCCCUCCACUCUUCAGCCUGGCUUUCAGUCCCAGGCCCCAUCCCUCUCUCCUGCUCUCCUCCGACCUCCUCUCUCCUCACUCCCAUACCUCCUCUCUCCAUCCUGUCUGUCAUACUCUCUGCUCAGCGCCUCUCUGGGAGCCACUCGGAGUGUUGUCAUGCCAACCAACACACCAGCUUUCAGCCCCAUCAUUGCCACUCCGUCUCCGGUUAAAAAUGACGUCCCUAUAGUGCAGGAUGCUGCAGGCAACACCAUUUCCAUUCCUACGGCCACUGGUGCAAAGAAGCGCUUCUGGAUCAUCGAGGACAUGUCACCAUUCGGCAAGCGUCGCAAGACUGCAUCGUCACGUAAGAUGCUGGAUGAGGGGAUGAUGCUGGAGGGCUUCAGGCGCUAUGACCUUUACGAGAACUGCAAGGAUUCAGGCUGCCAGUUUUCUCUGAAGGUGACCCACUACCACUGCACACGUGAGAACUGUGGCUACAAGUUCUGCGGCCGCACCCACAUGUACAAGCAUGCGCAGCACCACGACCGCGUGGACAACCUGGUCCUGGACGACUUCAAGCGCUUCAAAUCAUCACUCAGCUGCAACUUCCCUGACUGCCAGUUUUCGGGCAACAGCACCCACUUCCACUGUCUGCGCUGUGGCUUCCGCUGCACCGACAGCACCAAGGUGACGGCCCACCGCAAACACCACGGCAAGCAAGAUGUGAUCAGCGCCGCUGGCUUCUGCCAGUUCAGCUCCAGUGUUGAUUGCGAGGUUCCCGACUGCAAAUAUAAGCUCAAGUGCUCGCACUUCCACUGCACCUUCCCUGAGUGUAAGCACACAGUGGUGGGCAUGUCCCAGAUGGACUCCCACAAGAGAAAGCACGAGAAGCAGGAGCGGGGUGAGCUGCCGUCUGUGUCGCCCAAACAGGAAGGGAUGCACCACCUGGGAGGAAGUGUGUCUGCGGUCUCUUCCGCCUCUAUGAGUCUUUCUACUUCCUCACCUAGUGGCCUCUACGGGUUGUCCCGCAGCAUUGACAGCAGUGCUCCCUCCAUGCUCUACCCAACAGACGGCAUCGGGUCCGAGUAUAACCACCUGUACCCACAGUCCUCCAUCAGCCUGGACGGCUCCCUCAACCUGGGCACCGACACCAGCAGCUCCCUGUUCUUCCUGAAGAAUGCAGCCGGUCUGGGGCUCAGCGACUCACUGGACCUCAGCAAGAAAAUGCACCACGACGCAGCGCGAUCUAGCCACAACCCGGCAACCCAGCUGGGUCUGCCAGUAGCUCAGGAUGACACCACAGGAACAUCUGGAGAGGCUGAAGAUGACCUGUCGCCAGAGGAGGAGGUGCAGGCAGAGGAGGAGGAAGAAGAAGAAGAGGAGGAAGAAGAGGAGGAAGCAGACCUUAACAGUGACUCGAAUGAUGAUUCAAUGGCGGAGCCUGAUGGUGAAAAGGACAAUGGCGAGAGUUUUGAUGCUUCCGUUAACCACACUGAUUCUUCCCGACUGGAAAAGCAAGACGUUGACCCAUAAAAAUAAAAAACUACCAGUGACUAUAGAAACUGAAGAAAUACUCUGUGUACUAUGAACAAACAAAAAUGAAAGUGGCCUCAUUUAUCAUGUUUAGAGACUUCCCAUGACAACAAAAAACAACAACAGUGUGGAGAAAAAUGACGGCCCAAAAUGAUUUAUUGUGAUGUUUACAAGAUGACCAACAUUAUUAAUUCAAUUAUGCAUUAAAAAAUAUGAACGGAGACACAGAAUUAGGCCCUGGUUUACACACGGGGCAGCAAUGUAAAGCAUUUUACUACACAUCAGUCUUUUUGUGUGCGUGCAUGUUUGACUUUAAUUUAUUUUCAUUUUUUUUUCACCUUUUUUGUGUGGAUAAAAAAAGAAAAAUGUUAGAAAAACAAAUCUCUCUAUAUAACUAUAUAUGUAAGUGUGUGUGUGUGUGUGUGUGUGUGUGUGUGUGUGUGUGUGUGUGAAUGUGUGUGAACGAUGAUAUACAAAAGGAAAUUGCUGGCACAGGCAACAUGAACUGCAGGGCCUUGGAUACAUAGAAAAAGGGACGUAAAUCACUAAGGGGAAACAGGAUGCGUUCAAACAUUUGAUCUUUUUUUCUGUAAUAAUAAUAAUAAUAAUUAUUAUUAUUAUGAAACACUGAGAGGAAAGGGAGUUACAUUUUGCUUAUUUCCAUCUCUCUCAGAUGCUUUUCUUUGUUCUCAAUAAUAUGGAAUUGACCAGUAAAUAUUUGGUCAGUCUCCAAGCAAGCUGCUGGUCUCAACAGUUCUCUGACAUUAUGCUGGAAAUGUUUGACCAGCACCAAAACCAAGCUCAGCCCUUGUAAUUUUACCCCCCCAGCAGAGGAAUCAAGUUUGUGUGUGGAUAGUGCACUUUUAUAUUAGCUGACCACGAUGAUUACUGAUGAUAACUCAUAAGCAUAUUUAAAAAUAUUUUUGUUACCAUUUGCAUCUUUGCAUUACAAUGUUGUUUUGUUGUGUUGUUAGUCAGAAGCAUAUCGAUCUGUAAGCAGGCGAGGUCGUGAUUAACGGCCGGAGAUUAAGGCUGUGUGUGUGUGUGUGUGUGUGUGUGUGGGGGGGGGGGGGGGUCAGACUGACCAGAGGAAGCGAUGAGUCACUUAGAUGGGGGGGACGACAGAGGAAGCGUCAGGGAGUGUGUUUUAUGUUGAAAAUUUACAGACCGAAAAUGUCUCAACGGCAUUUUGUUUCCAUUCACUAUGGCUGUGGUUGAGCUCCUGUUGUAACGGUUUUUAUUUAAUAUUUAUGUGACCUUCCAAUGAGAAAUUUCUAGGGUGUUAUUGCACUUUUUAGGUUAAUUUUUACCGUCUGAAAAAAAAAAAAAUGAUAUAUAUAUAUCUUUUAACAGGGAAUUUUGCUUUAAAGAUGUUGUUUUAGUUCACUUUUGCUUUAAUGCACAAAUAGAUGUUAGUGUGACAAAGAACUGUUCUGUGAUUUAUUUAAGACUGGUUUUUAUUUUGCUUCUGUGAUUCGACAGUUUGAAAAAAAAGGAAAUGGGUGUGCCAGAAAAACGGUGCCCUGAUGAGAAACACUAAUACGGACUGUGAUUUGAAAUGAGUUCUUAAGAAGUUCAUGGCAAUGCUCACUUACUGUAGUACUAAAUUAUAAAUCUGUCAAAGCCACCCUCGGUUUAUAUUGAGCAAAUAUGUGCGACCGAGAAGUGGACACAUUGAUCAUGAAUUAUCAUUGGAAAUAAGCAAUCAUAAUAUAAGGAAUAAAUGUGUGUAGAUGAUAUUCCUUCAGAUGUUUUGAGAAGAAAAAAAAAGGGUUGUACAGUAUUUUCCUCUGUAAAAAAUAACUAUAUAUGAACAAAAUGCUCUUUGAUGAACAGCAUCCUUUAAAAAGAAAACCGUUAAGAGGAGAAAUGAAUAAUAAAAAGUAAAAAAUUCAAAUAGCCUCAUCAUAGUUUGCUUGUGUGCGUGACAUUUUUUAUUACCCCAGAUUUUUUGGAAAAAAAUUGUUCAUACUGUAGCAUUGAUUCCGUUAUGUUUGCAGUAUAUAUUCUUUCUUUUUCCAACUAUGUCAGAAGCUCAAACUAAAAUACACUUGUUUGAAUUCAUUCAUCGAUGUUUCUGUUUUAUUUAACGACUCGUUUUAUUCAUUGUCAUUUUUCGGUGUGAUUUUUUUUCCUCAUUAAUUGAAAUUCUUGGUUUAUAUUUACUUUGCUGUGGGCGUGCCUCGUUCACAGACUCAACUGUCUCUGGGGACUCUGGUGCAACGCAGAGGCGUCACGUUUGUUUUGUUUUCUCAUCAGAUAACUGUAGGGGCUGAGACAUUGUGCACUUGAAUUAUGUGUCUGUGUGUGUGUGUGUGUGUGUGUGUGUGUGUGUGUGUGUGUGUGUGUGUAAAAUAGCAGGAUUUGUAAAAAGUUGAAAAUAAAGAAACUAUAAUUAUUAUAACAAUACACAUGCAGUGAUUGGUAGUGCUUCAGCCUGAGGACAUUUUGGGUCACGUGUGGAGGGAAAAGGUGCUGCUGGACAACAGCAGGGCAAAAGGUCUCAGCAGCUAUCUCUCUGUCUCUUUUUCUAUCCGUCAGUGACACUACUGAAGUGUGUGUGUGUGUGUGUGUGUGUGUGUGUGUGUGUGUGUGUGUGUGUGUGUGUGUGUGUGUGUGUGUGUGUGUGUGUGUGUGUGUGUGUGUCUCCCCCUGAGAGAGACAGUUAGGCCAUGGCUGUAAGAACACAGACCUGUGACUCCGUCCCAGCUGCUCUGAGCUUCGAUUCAUAUUUCAUGACCUUGUGCGCCUUUUCCCUGCUUUGUUCCGCUUUAAAUCCAACUGGGACACUUUUCUGUCACAGAAUUUGAAGAAAACAAAAAAACAAACAUCUGCAUUUAUGCAGGUGAAGGAAUCAACAAUAUUUGUUGUUGGGGUCGCCCGUUGUUCAUGCUUGUCAUUCUGGUGUGAGAACAAGAUCAGAGCCGAGGACCAUUAGGGAGAGUUAGAGGCCUGCUACUGCUAACAAGAUGGCUCUCUGUGUCUUGUUCAGUGUUAACAGGGCACUUUUUUUUUUUGUUGCCUUGAGCCAUGUGCUGGGUUCUCCUCCCACUCCCUCAUGUCACCCAGUGGCCAGUGUGCUGGUUCUCUCUGUCCCUUCGUCUACAGCUGUUCCUGUCCUUCCUCCUUGUGAUGUUUUUUUUAAUAAUAAAAAAAGAAAAAAAUUGGGUAAAGGCAUCACCAUCUGUCAGCCACCUGGCAUCCUGUAUAUAAUCUACCAGAAAAAAAAGAAUAAACAUGAAAAUUAUAUUACUCAAAAACCAGACGGAAACGACCUCCAAAUCCUGCAUAGGCUGCUGCCGAAACGACAGAUCAUUUUACUGUUUUAAUUAACAGAGUAAAAAGGAUGGUAUAAAAAAGUGGUGGGGAAAUAAACUGAAAUGUAUUACCACUGCUGGGAAAAACGUAAUAUGAAAGCCUCCUGCUUACUGCAGCGUAGUGGAUUAACAGAGCAACAUUUUAGACUUUGUAAAAUAUAUUGCACUUUUGGACUAAAAGCCAUCUCCCGUUUGCGUUCAAUUUGGCUAGACUCAUGAGACAUUUUAUAUGAAAAGUAGACAAUGAAGCAAUUUUUUAAAAGUCUCUACUUGAAUCUGUUGCCCUCAGCACUACUAUUCAUUCUUGUCGUAUUGCUUAUUUCCACUUGGAUACAGUGCUGUUUAUCUUCAUUGUGCUAUAUUUAUGUUGUUCCUCUGUUUCUGCAUGUCUUAUGCAAAGAUUGAGCUUUUCACUCAGUGAAAUAAAAACAUACUGAACAACUUUA